AUGACAGCCACUUGGUAUGUCGUUGCUCGUCCGCGACUGCAACAUCGGGACCUGCGCUUUCGUUCUUCAAAGUUCGGAUAUUUAUCAUUUUCCGCCCGUCUGAGAAGAAGACCCGUGCUGGUUAUGUUCUUGAUACUCGCUGCAUUGGCUUCGUCACAAUACCUAGGAUUUUUUUCGACAGUUGAACUAUCUGGUUGGGACAUUGUCCAAGCAGACGAUAUUCUCUCAACGUCGAAGUCUUUACUUUUUACACACGGCCCGGCGGCGCUGACGAGAACUGAUAGCUAUGCAGGCGGCAGAGCGGAGGAAGAGAAACGUGAGAACAAUAAGGGGUUGGAUGAUGACAAGAAGCGAAGGGGUUGGCUAGAUGUAAAUAGGGAUGCCCCGAAGCUUGGCUCGGAAGCCUCUCAUCCAGAUAAUGAGUUCUCGUCCCUGUACAGUCUUCGCGAUGACAGAAACAAUGCCCAUCAAAAUGAAGCAACCCCAAAAACAAGCAUAGAGAGUCCUAGCAAGAGCAGUUCGACGUCAAUGGAUGGUAACCUAACGGAAGUCAUGGGCGACAAUGAAAACAGCGAGGAAGGGUGGCAGUCACCAGACGAAAACCAACAUACAAGAAAGGACCAUGUUAAGCAAAGCUCCCUCAGAUCAUCUUCCGUGUAUGAAGAGAACAACGGCAUGCCAAAUUCGGACAGGCAAGAAAGUCCUGCGAAGGCACUGGAAGCAACGAACGCAAAAACUACAUCUCAAGAAUCCGAACAGACAAAGUCGUUGGAAGAGGUAUUGCACUUCACCCCCAAGACCGCAAUCAAUUUUAUGCACUUCCACAAAACCGGGGGUGUAUCCUUCAAGACGUCUCUGCAUGUAUUCUACAACAGAAAGUUCAAAUCUGACGGCUCUCAAGUCGUGGCACGGGACUCGUGCUAUAAGCGAGAAAGCACCCUCGGGGGGGGCGAGCAGUCGUUCGCGGUUUGGCGUUGCGACUGGGAUCCGAUCCUGCAGCUGAACAACCAGGAGAGAAACAGGCAUGAUUUUGUGUUUGGGCAUCAAUUUGGGCUGCAUGGGGUGGACGAGCUGCUGAAUUUGAGGGAUUUGAGAACGUUUACUGUGAUGCGACAUCCGUUUGAUCGAAAGGUAUCGUUUUACUACCACUUUUUCGUGAGGGAAGUGGGAAGGAAGGAGUCGGAGGUGUCGUUCGAGGAGGUGCGGGAGUUUUUGUUGUUUGAUAAACUGAGGAUAGAUGCAGAGUUGGGGAGGGACUUGGGCCCGAAUUACAUGGCAGGGAGGCUACUUUCGGAUGGCAAGGAAGGGUUUACCGGGAACAGCUACCAUAGUUACUAUGGGGUGGAAGGUAGGCAGGUUGAGGGGGUUGUGGAGAAGGCGGUGAAGAUUAUUGGGAAGUAUGUGUUUGUGGGGUUGCAGGAGGAAUCUGCGGCGUCGCGGUGCAUGCUACGCAAGACGAUGGAGGUGUACAACAAAGUGAACGGGGUAAGCAAUGUAGGACUCGAGGCGAUUGAUGGGCGGAAUGGGAGGUUGAAUUCGGGGAGUUACUCGAUGUCUGCACAAGCAAUUUGGGGCAGGUUUUCAAUGGAAGACCGGAUUGUGUUUGAUAUGAAGGAAAAGGUGGAUUUGGCAAUUUAUAGAGAGGGGUCGAGGUUGUUCAGAAAGCAUGUGCAGGUGUUUGGGUGCGCGGAUCGAGUGAAAAGUGGCAGGUGA